UAAUUUCCCACUUUUCUUUUUUCUUUUUUCUUUUUUCUUUAAGAAAUCUACUUCUAUUCUACGGUGGGUAAGUGGGUAGGGUCGGGUUAUCAGCACGAGAAAAUCUCACCUUCCUCUCUUUCCCGCUUCUUCCUCCUCUUCAAAUCUCUCUCUCUCUCUCUCUCUCUCUCUCCUCUCCUCCUCCUCUCCUCUUCACACUUUACCAUUUUCACAAGAAAUUCCAUCCAAAAGAGAGAUUGGUAUACAGCAGGAGAGAGAUAAAAUAGAGCGUAACACUUAAGAGUAAGAGUGAGAGAGUGAGAGAGUGAGAGAGUCAGAGUAAAAGAGUAAGAGUGAGAGUGGUAUGCUUUGAAUGCAUAUUAAGCUUCAACUAUGGACACACCAGAGAGAAAUCAGAUCGGAACACCCAUUUCUAAAAUGGAGGAGUCUCCUUUUUCCAGCUUCAUCAACAAUUUAUCUCCUAUCAACCCUACAAAGGCGACACACGUUUCUCAGACGUUUAGCUCGCUUAGUUUUACUUCACCUCCAUCUGUUUUCACUUCACCUCAUGUGAGCCUUCAGAAGGACUAUAAAUUCUUGAGAAGGCAUCAGGUUUCAGAUCUAGCCAAGUCUCCAUUCGCUUUAGAGGCAGGGAACAAAGAUUCUGUAGCUAAAGAGGUUGUCAGCUCCGGACAUCUGUCUGAUAGUUUGGAAAUCGUGCAAGUCAGAGGGGAAACGGCUUCUGGUAGUGAAGAUUCUGCCAAGCCACUCGAAGAGAAUACAGAUUGUGCAAAAGAGCUACCAAGGGUGCUCAAGUAUGACAUUGGAAGUCCCCGCUGUAAAACAGCAGUGACAUCGUCUGGCAAUGAAACGAAUUGUGAGCCAGAUGCAUCAGCAGCUCUUGUUCAAUAUGUCCAGGAGCCUUCUGUCAGGGGUUCUUUUGGGACGGAAUUGAAUUCUCAAGUGAUGAACCAUGAUAAUGAAGAGACAUGUGAUUGGCAGAGCUUGAUAUCUGGUAGUAGUGAUUUAUUCAUUUUUGAUUCACCUAAUAUAGCAACUUCAAAAGAGUCGGUGCAAAAAUCAGAAGAAAAAGAAACAAAUGUUUUUACAUCUCUUUUAUCACGCUUUCCACAUGAUGAGGCAUUUUCUAUGCAAACUACACUUCAUGAUGGCUCCAGUAACUGUAAUGAAGCAUAUGAAAGUAUAGAAAAUUCAACUCAACCAACAGAGGCUCCUGAAUUGAAGCAAAUGGAGCAGCCGCCAGAGACUCUGGAAAUUUCCUCUGUUAAUGAACUUCUUUGUGGUGAUUCUGUUGGAAAAAAAGGAAAGCAGCCUUUCAGUAAUUUACAUCGGGGAUUGCGACGGCGGUGUCUUACCUUUGAGAUACCAAGAACUAAGAAGAGUAUAGAUAGUGCUCUAUUCUCCAGUUCUUUGUCUUCUCUUCAAAGUGAGGAGAAACCUUUGUCCUGCAUCAGGCAGCCCAUCACACCCGGAAAUGAUUCUUCAAGGCGCAUUCUGCCAGGUAUAGGUCUGCACUUGAAUGCGUUGGCAGCAGCUUCAAAGGACUGCAGCAACCCCAACCAGGAAAUUAUUUCUCCAACUGCUCAGGAUCCUUUCAUGAAAUCAUUAGAUUCAUCCUCUCUCAGAAAAGAUGAGGGUCCUGCUGAAAAUGUAGCUGAAAUUGCAGAAAAUUCUUCUCAGGCAUCAGUAUAUGCAGCUAUCGAGGAGUUAAAUCCAAAUAGUCCGAAGAAGAAAAGGCGCAAAUUCGAAACUAUUGGAGAAGGAGAAUCGUGUAAGCGUUGCAACUGUAAAAAGUCUAAGUGCUUGAAACUUUAUUGUGAAUGCUUUGCGGCUGGUGUUUACUGUGUUGAGCCAUGUUCCUGUCAAGAUUGCUUUAACAAGCCAAUUCAUGAAGAGACUGUUCUUGCAACUCGUAAGCAGAUCGAAUCUCGUAAUCCACUUGCAUUCGCUCCCAAAGUGAUCAGGACAACUGAUUCAGUGCAAGAACUUGGGGAAGAUACAACUCGAACUCCUGCUUCAGCUCGUCACAAACGAGGAUGCAACUGCAAGAAAUCAAAUUGUCUGAAAAAAUAUUGUGAAUGUUAUCAGGGUGGUGUUGGAUGCUCCAUUAAUUGCAGAUGUGAGGGUUGUAAGAAUGCAUUUGGUAGAAAGGAUGGGUCCACUAUGAUAGCAACAGAAGCUGAAAUAGAAAAGUUACAAGCUUCUGAGAAAAGCAUAAUGGAUAAAAGCUCAGAUAUUCACCGAUCCCAUGAUGAAGAUGACCAACAUUCUGAAUUUUCCAUCCCUCAGACACCAUCUAGACUUUACAGGCCAUUAGUUCCAUUAGCAACUUCAUCGAAGGGAAAACCACCAAGAUCGUCUUUAGCGAUGAGUGGUUUAUCCUCUUCUUUGCAUCCAGUUGAUGGACCAGGAAGAUCAACAUUUCUGCGAUCUCAAUCCUGUGCUGAGAAGCAUCAUCACAGUGUCUCAGUAGAUGAAAUUCCUGCAGUUCUUCAAAACACUAGUCCACCAAGCAGUGGUUUGAAGACUCUGUCUCCAAACAGCAAGAGGGUAUUAUCUCCUCACAAUGCAAAUGGGCAAUCCCAUGGGCUUAGGAGCAGCCGUAAGUUGAUCCUGCAAUCUAUUCCAGCAUUUCCUUCGCUCAGUCCAAGACGCUGAAUGCCCAAGUUGCCGUGGAAAUCUGGUAUGAAGCACCUAUAUCAUCUCUAUCCGGAGUUACAAGUGCUAAUUAAUGCUACAGUCCUUUCUCUCUAUUUAGUAGCUGUAUAAUAUUUCUGUUAUUCGUUUUCCUUUUUUUCAUCCUUUCCAAUUCUUUGCUGGUGAAAUCCUUUUCACCCCUUUCAUAAUGCUUAAAUUCGAAGUAGGAUCAUGUGAAUGUUUUAGAUUAUUCUAGUUCUAGGAUUAUAUAUAUAUAUAAUAUGUGUGUCAAUUGUCAUAGCCCAAGGGUAGUUUAACCCGAGGGCCGUUUAGCAAAUUAUUGUAAUCAUAUUAUCUUCAUUUUAUACAGUUGUAAUAUAUGUAA